UUCAACUGCCCAGCUGGACCAGCUGGUCCCCCUGGUAGUCCUGGAGAAAGCGGAGGUGAAAAGCAUAUCACAAAAUCUCACUAUCUCUAUAAACUUUUGAGUUCAGAAAAUGGGCCACCGGGUGAGCCCGGAAAAAGAGGAUCCGAUGGAAUGACGGUUGGAGCAAAGAAGCAAUUUACUACAGGUUGUUUACCAUGUCCUCAGGGCCCAGAAGGUCCUCGUGGACCACCUGGACCUGAGGGACUCCCUGGAACUCCUGGAGUUGGCGGGUACAUCGGAAUGAGAGGAAUGAAUGGAAUGACUGGAGCUCCAGGUCCUCGAGGUGACCCGGGCACGUCAGGCACCCCUGGUCUACCAGGUAUGCAUGGUAGAAAUGGAGAUACUGGCUACAGAGGCCGAGGAAAGCCAGGCAAACGAGGUGUGCCUGGACCUCCAGGAAUGAAUGGAAUGACUGGAGCUCCAGGUCCCCGAGGUGACCCGGGCACGUCAGGCUCCCCUGGUCUACCAGGUAUGCAUGGUAGAAAUGGAGAUACCGGCUACAGAGGUCGAGGAAAGCCAGGCAAACGAGGUUUGCCUGGAACUCCAGGUGGUUAUGGUGGUAUGGGCAUGAAGGGAAUGGAUGGAAUGAGAGGACGUCCAGGUCAAAUGGGUGAACCGGGUAUGCCUGGAAACCCCGGCAGGAAGGGUAUGGAGGGCAUCAAUGGUAAUCCUGGGGUCCCAGGCGUACCUGGAGCAGAUGCUAGCUACUGCCCUUGCCCAAACAGAAACCAAUUUGUCGAUUCGUCAAAUCCCUAUGAGAUGAGCAGAAGCGCGAAAUUCGUUCCAAAAAGCAGGAAAGGAUCGAAAGGAUAA